AUGUUUUCACCUGACGGAGCUUUCAUCAACACGAGCGAGAUACUCAGCGAUGCGGAAGCUCAAGCCAUCCACAAUAGAGUCCAGGACGAGGUUGCCGCUGAGAAUAUUGCUGACGGACGUGUGGGAAACUUUAAAGACGAUCCUAAAUUCCCAGAGGCUAAAGCAUAUGCCGAUUCAGAAGUUUCCAAGCGACUGCCCGCGGCUAUUUUACAGGCUGAGGUUGAAGCUGGGGCCGGACAGGGAGAUCAGAGUGCAGCAUCUGCAACACAAUUACUGAAACAGUACAAAGGUUUUGUCCUCUCCAAGCUACCUGUAUCAGAGGAAGUUCAAAGCCAGAUACGCGGGCUGUUUCAAAAGUACGGUUGGCCAACAGUCUGGCAGUCUCUUGACUCAAUCGAGGGCUGCAGAGAUGGUCCUACAUGGACUUGGCAAGACGUGGACAAUGACCUGCUCAUGACGCUGGGGGACGAGAAACUGCUGGGAAUGGACAAGAUAGCAGAGUACAUUUUCAUUGGUAUGCGAGUCAGUCAGUGUCGUGACCAGUACAGAACUCUGAAAAGGGAGCAAGAGGGGAACGAGACCAGAGACGAGAACUAA